CUUCCAUAUUUUCAUCAAAACCGAUCAUUAUCAUCUUUUUCUUCUCUUAUUCAACCUGUUUUCUUUUCAAUGGCUUUUCCCAAAACUUCCAUGCCUCAACUAAUGCUUUUCUUAUUUCUCAUUUCCAUCUCUUUCUCCCUUGCCCAAACGGCUUCAAAACCCAAAGCCCUAGUACUUCCAGUCUCCAAAGAUGCAACAACUCUCCAAUAUCUAACGAAAUUUAAAAUGGGAACCCCUCCCACCAAAAGAAGUUUUGUGGUAGACCUUGGAGGCCGACAUUUGUGGAUGGAUUGUGAUGAUGGGUCAUACUUAUCAUCCACACUCAAGCAUAGCUUUUGUGGUUCAGCUCCAUGUUCUGUAGCCAAAGCUCAAUGUUUUGGUCAAUGCCAACCUGGUAGGCGCAGACCAGGUUGCGAUAAAGAACACUGUUAUAUCCUUGCUGACAACACAAUUCCUGCUUUAGGUAGUGGAUUUGAUAUUGGAUUGAUUUCCUUAGACAAAAUUGCCCUCCAAUCCACGGACGGUUCAAAAUUCGGCCCAACUGUCACAGUUUCCGAUUUUAUCUUCGGUUGUUUAGGGGCUCGUGAGCGCCUAAGCAAUCUUGCUAAAGGUGCAGACGGGAUGAUUGGCCUCGGAAGGCAACCAAUUACUCUACCGACACAACUUUCUUCUGGUGGUAGCUUCCGGAAAAAGUUCGCUAUAUGCUUGCCUUCAACUCCAAAAUUAAACGGCGUUAUGUUCUUUGGCGAUUCUCCUUAUGCAUUUUAUCCAAGUUAUAAUACAUCGAAGACCAUUGAUGUAUCAACCAGAUUUCAUUACACAAAACUCUACGUCCGUACUGAGUUCUCAGGAUCAUCCAUCGUGACACGAGGACCUCCAUCGCCGGAAUACUUUGUCAACGUCACUUCUAUCUUGGUAAACAGAAAACCCAUUUUCAUAAACCCAACAUUUCUUGAAUUCCAUAGGAAUGGGAAGGGAGGAGCGAAAAUAGCAACAGUAGAACCUUACACCAAACUUGAAACCACUAUCUAUAAAUCUCUUGUUAAGGCGUUUGAUAAGGAGAUUGCAGUUUUGAGUGGGAGUAAGGUGUCCCCUGUGGCACCUUUUACAGAUUGCUAUAAGAUAGAUCAUAUAGGAAUGACACCUCUUGGAAUUGGGGUCCCAGAUCUUGCAUUCGAGUUCGAGAACAACAAAAAUGAGCAGUGGGAAAUGUAUGGGUUUAAUUCAAUGGUGGAAGUGAGUCGUGAUGUGGCUUGUUUAGCAUUCUUAGAUGCAGGUGAUGAUCCUAUUGUAACUACACCAAUAGUGAUAGGAGCACACCAGUUGCAGGAUAAUCUUCUUCAGUUCGAUCUUGCUUCUAACAGGCUUGCAUUUACUAGAACACUUCUAUUAGCAGCUGCUGAAUGUUCCAACUUCAAGUUUUAAGAUGAUGUAAUUAUUUAUUUAUAUGUGGUUAAUUAACUGCUUUUGAAGUUUGUUGAUGCAAGAAUUGCUUUUUGCGAUUAAUUCAAGUUCAGUUCGUAGCGAGGGAAUCCUCAUCUCUCUUGUGUUCAACUGAAAUUCGUGCAUUUUGUAAUCUCACUUUGGCCCAUAACUUCUGGAUAAUUAUAUUAAUUUAUCAAUUGGGCCCAUUUUGAGUUAAAA